CUCCCUUUCGCAAGCCUUGUCUUGGUGUAUUCAGCGCAAACGUGGACGUAUCCGGAGCAAGAAAACUCUUUACUCGUGGCCUAAACACGUGUUCAGGCCCCAAUUUGUGCGUAACCCCAACGUCCUUCCCCACAUAUUCCUCCUCUCCCUUAACGAGUCCUCAUUCCUCCGCCUCCAAAUUUCUUGGACAAGUCCAUUUUCGCUUGUUGUGUUCAUGUGGGUUGGCUGAGAGGGAGAGGGGGAGAGGGAGGGGGAGCUUUUGGCAGCGAAAGGAGGAAUUGGAAUAGGCAAGAGGGGAGAGGGAUGAGAGGGGCUGAAGGGAGGAGGAUCUUCGAGGAGUUCUCACCUGGGUAUUAUGGCAUUUGUGCCGCUGGAGGCAUGCUGAGUGCCGGUGCUACCCAUCUCGCAGUCACGCCUCUUGAUGUCUUGAAAGUGAACAUGCAGGUUAAUCCGAUUAAAUAUAACAGCAUGGCAUCGGGAUUAUCGGUUCUCUGGAGAGAGCAAGGGCCUUCUUCUCUCUGGAGAGGUUGGUCCGGCAAGUUGUUUGGAUACGGCAUCCAGGGCGGCUGCAAAUUCGGUCUCUACGAGUACUUCAAGAAACUUUACUCUGAUUUGUUGGUUGACCAAAACAGGAGUCUCAUAUUCUUUCUAAGCAGUGCUUCUGCUCAAGUAUUCGCAGACAUGGCUCUAUGUCCCUUUGAAGCUGUCAAGGUUCGGGUCCAAACGCAGCCCAGCUUUGCAAAGGGCUUAGUUGAGGGAAUUCCGAAACUGUAUAGGACAGAAGGUCUCUCUGGCUUCUACCGUGGGAUACUUCCGCUCUGGGGCCGUAACCUUCCAUUCUCUAUGGUAAUGUUCUCCACGUUUGAGCAUUCGGUGGAUCUGAUAUAUCAGCAAGUUCUCAAAAGGAGAAAGGAAGAGUGCUCGAGAGCCCAACAGCUUGGUGUCACUUGUUUGGCAGGUUAUGCGGCUGGUGCUAUUGGUACCGUGAUUUCUAACCCUGCUGACAACAUUGUUGCGUCUCUUUACAACAGAAAAGCCGAAAAUGUCUUACAGGCAGUGAAGGAUAUUGGCUUUGUCAAUAUGUUUAGAAGAAGCCUUCCUGUUCGUAUCAUGAUCGUUGGACCUGUUAUUACAUUGCAGUGGUUCAUGUACGACACGAUUAAAAUACUAAGCGGACUGCCUACCAGUGGAGGGAUUCGCAGUAGCCUAGAAGAAGAAGCUAUUUUAUCAAGUUGAGUUCUAACAGCCACCUGAAUCAACCGGUUUCUCUCCCAAACUCAGAAGCUCAUCUACCUCCUUCAAACUUCCGGAUUCACUGCAGUUCACCGAAGACAAUAGCCGUUUACAGCUUUUUUCCCCUCUCAGAUCAAUCCACGGUUACCCCAUUGAUUCUGAAAAUCUUAAAGGCUCAAAGGGUGCUGCUAUGCCGAUAUUUGGAACUCUAUUUGCAUAGUUGUAACGGCUGCUUGCUCCACUUGAUGGUCAUGGGGACACAUUGUCUCUGAUGUUGCAUGAACGAGUGAAAUCCGAGCACAUACAGUGAAAGCUAGAAAACGGGUUUUUGAGCACCCUUGUUUUCUUGCCACACAAGUUAUCUCCCCUUCUCAAGUCACCAUUUUAUUUUUUCUGCACUUGCUUAAGUUGCAGAGUUUAUCCAUACAUUAGUGACCUAUGGAAUUGUUCCUAGCUCAUCUGAGCAGCCCAUUUUUGUAUUUGGGCGAGAAGGGAAAACUACAUUACAAGAUCAUCUUCCUUUUUCGGUAUUGUACUUGUAUGGAUUGUGAUGUUUAUUUUAUAGCAUUGUGAACACUGAA